AGGACUCCUGAGUUUUAGUAUCAAAACCAGGAGACCUUACAAACAGGAUUCAUCUGAACAUCACUAUGAAGCUGAUCUUUUUUCUGACUGUCAUCUGGGCUCUCUACAGCAAAGCUGGGGCUCUGCAGUGCAUCACCUGCACCAAUCAGGCAUGUUCAACCACAGCACCACUAACAUGUGGCUCAGAGACGAUGUGCAUAACAGCUAACAUUAAAGGAACUCAGUUUGGAGUUCCAGGAACACAAAUCUACAAAGCCUGCGCACCAUCCUCUCUGUGUCCAAGCACAGGCUCUCAGACGUUUUCAGUCAACUUGGGUUACCAAAGUGCAAUUGCAUCUGCUGAGUGCUGCAACACUGACAACUGCAAUUCACAAACUCUAUCUUCGCCACCUACACCGCAACUCAACUCCCUUCAGUGUGUUGUUUGUGACCCCACCACAUCUCAGUGUACCACUCCCAUCCCAUGUUCAGGAGAGGAGAGCAACUGUGUGACAGCAACUUUAAACGAUGGAACAAACACAAUUCAAGCGCUGGGAUGUAUUAGUCCGAACACAUGUGCAGCUGCUUCAAGUCUGGGUAAUUUGCCAUUCAUGGAGAGUGUUGGUUCGAUAACUAGUGGACCAAGCUGCUGUGCGGAAUAUCAGGAGAGAGAAAUAAAAUUAAUGUGUCUGCUAAGGGCAGCCACAGAGAGGGGCUGA